AUAUUUCCAAUAAUUUUAUUCCCUAUUAUUUAUUUAUUUUUUACCAACGAUGAUCAUAUUUUGCUUUUAUCAAUGCGUAACAAAAAAUAUUAUUUUAGGAACACGAUGCGUUCCUGCCGGUGCCGGUUCAUUCACAGAACGACGGAACUUGAAUCUUGAAUCGGUGCGCUUGAUUUAAUUGCGCUUCAGUUCAACACUUCGAGUAAUGUUGAUGUUGCAGUCGUAACCUAACGUUGAAUAUAUUGUAGUCGUUACAUCAAUGAAUAAAUGACAUUACAGUAUACAGGAUUCAUAUUUAUGUAGUAAAAGAUACACAAAUAUGAAAAUCAGCGUUGACGGUUUACUAGUAUAUUUUCCUUACGAUUACAUUUAUCCCGAGCAAUAUGCGUACAUGCUCGAACUCAAACGUGGCCUGGAUGCAAAAGGCCACUGUUUGUUGGAAAUGCCUUCUGGCACUGGCAAAACAAUCACUCUGUUGUCGUUAAUUGUAGCUUACAUGAUGGAAAAUCCAUUGGAGAUUACAAAAUUAAUUUAUUGCUCCCGUACCGUACCAGAAAUUGAAAAAGUUAUAGAAGAGUUAAAGAAACUGAUGGAUUAUUAUGAGAAAGAAACUGAAAGUAAACCAAAAAUUGUUGGUUUAGUGCUUAGCUCUCGAAAAAAUUUGUGUAUUCAUCCAGAGGUGAGCAGAGAACGUGAAGGUAAAAUUGUUGACGGACGUUGCCAUUCUCUCACAGCAUCGUACAUCCGUGAAAGGCAUAAUUAUGACGAAUCUGCACCCAUCUGCAAUUUCUAUGAGGGAUUCGACUUGGAAGGCAAAGAACAAAUCGUGCCACCUGGAAUAUAUUCAAUUGAUGAUUUGAAAGAAUAUGGAAAGGACCGUAAUUGGUGCCCAUACUUUCUUGCAAGAUUUACAAUUUUACACGCUCAAAUCGUAGUAUACAGUUAUCAUUACUUAUUAGAUCCCAAAAUUGCUGAAACUGUAUCAAAAGAAUUAAGCAAAUCUUCUGUUGUGGUUUUCGAUGAAGCCCACAAUAUAGACAAUGUAUGCAUUGAUUCAAUGAGUGUAAAGAUAAAUAGAAGAUCAUUGGAGAAAAGUUCUGCCAAUAUACAGCUGCUUGAAAAGACAGUAGCAGAGAUGAGAGAAGACGAUGUAAACAAAUUGAAAGAAGAAUAUGAUAGAUUAGUGGAAGGGCUGAAAGAUGCACAAGUUGCUAGGGAAACUGAUAUUAUUUUAUCUAAUCCUGUUUUACCAGACGAAAUUUUACAUGAGGUGGUUCCUGGUAACAUACGGAACGCAGAACAUUUUGUUAGUUUCCUAAAACGUUUUGUGGAAUACCUAAAAACACGUUUACGUGUGCAACACGUGAUACAAGAAUCACCUGCUGCAUUCUUAAGAGAUGUACAAUCGAAAGUUUCAAUAGAACGUAAACCAUUAAGAUUUUGCGCCGAACGAUUGGCGACUCUACUACGCACUAUGGAGAUAAGUGAUUUAACUGAUUUUUCACCAAUUAUCCUGGUGACUCACCUUGCAACUUUAGUUGCAACAUACACAAAAGGAUUUACUAUUAUUGUAGAACCGUAUGACGAUAAAACACCUAAUGUUUUAAAUCCAAUCCUUCAGUUCAGUUGUGUAGAUUCAUCCAUUGCAAUGAAGCCUGUCUUCGAUAGAUUUCAAUCUGUAGUAAUCACAUCAGGAACAUUGUCGCCUUUAGACAUGUAUCCUAAAAUAUUGAAUUUUCAUCCAGUCAUAAUGUCAUCUUUUACAAUGACAUUGGCUAGACCAUGUCUUCUACCUAUGAUCGUAUCGAAAGGUAAUGAUCAAGUAGCAAUUUCGUCCAAAUAUGAAACAAGAGAAGAUGUUGCUGUUAUAAGAAACUAUGGUCAAUUAUUAGUUGAAUUUGCAUCCACUGUUCCUGAUGGUUUAGUUUGCUUUUUUACCUCGUAUUUAUACAUGGAAUCUGUGGUGGCUGCGUGGUAUGACCAAGGUGUUGUAGAUCAACUCCAGAGACAUAAGUUACUAUUUAUUGAAACUCAGGAUUCCGCCGAAACGAGUCUAGCACUUAUUAAUUAUAUAAAAGCUUGUGAAAGUGGAAGAGGGGCUGUUCUGCUUUCGGUAGCGCGUGGCAAAGUAUCGGAAGGAGUAGAUUUUGAUCAUCAUUUAGGAAGGGCUGUUCUUAUGUUUGGAAUUCCUUAUGUAUAUACACAAUCGCGUAUUUUAAAAGCGCGUCUCGAAUAUCUUCGUGAUCAAUUCCAAAUCAGAGAAAACGAUUUUUUAACUUUUGAUGCCAUGAGACAUGCAGCACAAUGUGUCGGGCGUGCAAUCAGAGGAAAAACUGAUUACGGUAUAAUGGUGUUUGCGGACAAGAGAUUUUCAAGAAUAGACAAACGAAGUAAAUUACCAAAAUGGAUACAGGAACAUUUAACUGAUAAUUUGUGUAACUUGUCGACUGAAGAAGCUGUACAGAUAAGCAAACGAUGGUUACGACAAAUGGCGCAACCGUUCACACGUGAGAACCAAUUAGGAUUAUCGUUGUUAACGCGAGAACAACUUGAAAAAGAGGAAUAUAGUAAGAUCGAACAGCAGGCGCAACAAAAUUAGAUAUUUGGAGUAUUGCGUUUGUAAUAAAUUAUUUAUCUCAUUUUGCGAUAAAUAUGGUAACACAUAACAUGUAAAGUUAUAGAAUAAUUUAUACUUUACAUACUAUUUGUAUUAUAACGAGUAUAGAAUAUAUCUUUCCAUAAAUA